AUGUGGUUUAAACGUAGUACACUACAAUAUAAUGUAAUACUAUUUAGUUCCUCAGAAUGUGUUCGAUAUUUGGCAAUAAAUUAGAUCGACAAUUUCGUUUAAAUUCAUUAAAAAUGACAACAAUGACUGACGAUACGGCAGAUAAAAAUAAUAAUAAUAAUAAUAGUUCAACAGAUGAGGAGAAAAAUCUUAAUUAUAAGCUACUUGGUGGUAAAAAUGAAAAUAAUGAAAAUAAUAUACCAAUUCCGGAUGAUGAAAAUUCUCAUGGUGAUUUAAUAUUAGAUUUAUCAAGAAAAGAUAGAAUACCACCAGUUGGGCAUGUAACAUUAGAAGCCUUACAAAAUACCAAAGUUGCUGUUGCUCAAUUUGCUUCUGCAAACAUAGGAAAUCAAAAAAACUAUGAAGAUGCAAUUCAAGAUUUAGCAGCAGUUCAUUCCACAUUAUUUAAUUUACAACAUCAACAAUUAAUGCAAAUUCAAUUAAUACAUCAAUUACAAUCGCAACUUCAUAAAAAUGGAACAAAUAAUAGUAAUGGUGAUGGUGAAUCAUUGGUUCUAAAUAGGUUUUCAAAUGAAAAUAAAUCUGAUGAUGAAGAUGAUGAUGAAGAGGAAAAUUUUGAUCAACAAAUUAGUGAUAAAAAUAUUAGAGAUUCAGAUUUAUCUGAUAUGAUUUCUUUAGGUGAUAAUAAUUUAAAUAAAGUUCGUUUAAAGAAUGAACUCCUGGAAAACCAUAAAGAUCCUAUUGAUUUAAAUGAUACCAAAGAUAAGAAGUCUGAACUUAAUUUAUCACAGCAUAAUAAAUCCUCUUUAAAUGAAUCAAUUAAUUCUGAGUUAAAUGAUAAAAAUGAUUCGGAUAAUAAAUCAAAUAUAGAUGAUAAGUUAAAUGCUGAUUCAGUUUUUCAAGCACCCCUUUGUCAUAUCAGUUCCUCUUUAGCUUCUAGUAUAAUAACAAAUCAUGAUCCGCCACCACCGCCCGAUGAACCAAAUUCUCUGGAAAUGUUACAAAAGCGAACACAAGAAGUAUUGGACUCUGCUUCUCAAAGUCUUUUAGCUAGUAAUUUAGCAGAAGAACUUGCAUUUAGACGUGAUUCAAUGUCACAAGAUGGUAGUAAAGAUGGAAUCUUUAAACAUCGUUGUCGAUAUUGUGGUAAAAUAUUUGGUUCGGAUUCAGCUCUGCAAAUACAUAUACGAUCUCAUACUGGCGAACGACCAUUUGUGUGCAAUGUUUGUGGUAGUAAAUUUACUACAAAAGGAAAUUUAAAAGUUCAUUACCAAAGACAUACUCAACGGUUUCCCGAUUUUCCUAUAAUUCCAAACGGCAAAAUGAAUUCUAAUGAACAACAAUAUAAUACAAGUCCCGGUCCAUCGUGCAAUGAAAAUAUUCAAUCAUCUAAUUCAAUUCCACCGCCACCGCCAUUACCACCUCCACCACCAAUGAUUACGAAUAGACCUCCUAAUCCAUUAAAUGGUCAUAUUGGUUUAGCAUUAGCUCCAUUUGUUCCAAUUCCCGGAUUCCCGUAUUCUCCGAAAUUAACUAGUGAGCAAGUACGACCAGUAUUAAAUGGUACUGAUAUCGAUAAAGAACAAGAAGAGCCAGCUGAUUUGAGUAAACCUAAUAAAAAGCAAUUUCGGCCAACUGACAAUUUUUUUGAGCCACCCAAAAAAGAAAUAAGAAUAUGUUCGGAGAUUAUAAAAAAUCCAAAAACUUUAGAGGAAAACAAUAUUUCAGAUACAAAAACAAGUGAUAUGGAACAUGAUGAUAAAAUGGAGGAAUUGUUAAAAUCAUCAUCAAGACGUUCUUCAGUAAGUCGAAAUACUACAACUCCCGAAUUUUUGCAAGAUAGAAUUCCAAAUUUAUUAGAAGGAACUGAUAGUUCGUGGGAAGAUUUAAUUGAAAUUGAUAAAACCUCUGAAACUUCAAAAUUACAGCAAUUGGUCGAUAAUAUUGAAAAUAAAUUAACAGAUCCUAAUCAAUGUAUAUUUUGUCAGAAAAUAAUGUCUUGUCGUAGUUCUUUACAAAUGCAUUUACGAACACAUACCGGUGAACGUCCUUAUCGAUGUCGAAUUUGUGGUCGUGCCUUUGCAACUAAAGGUAACUUAAAAGCACAUAUGACAAUUCAUAAAAUUAAACCUCCGAUUCGGAGUCAAUUUAAAUGUCCAGUUUGUCAUCAAAAAUUUUCAAAUUCAAUUGUAUUACAACAACAUAUACGAAUACAUACAACAGAUAUUACAGGAAAUACUAGUAAUUAUGAUCGUUUUGAAAUUGAUGUUGCAAGACAAUUAAGUGAAGGACGUAGUAGUUCGGUUCCAACAUCUGAAUAUUCAAUGGGUCAGAGAUCAACUGGUUCAUCUAGUCAAGAAGGUGAUUUCGAUGAUUUUACAUUAGAUAGCGAGAAUGAUGAUCAAUUGACACAAGCAAGUAGUGAAGAAAAUAAGACUGAUUUGAGUAGAAAAAUGUUGAUGAAAAAAAUGGAAAAUUAUGAUAAUGAACGAAUAAUACAUAAUGAAAUUGAAACAAUAUCAAAUGAGGCACUAGAUUUAACACCAAAAAAAUGUGAUAAAAAAAUUGAACAAAUUUCAGUAACAAGUAUGCAACAUUUAGAAAUGUUAUCAAAACUUACAGAAAUAAGAAAUAAAUUGAAUAAUGAAGAAAGUUUACAUAAUUUGGAAGUAUUUAAUAAAAGAUUAUCGGAAAAUGGUAGAAAAUCUUCAGAAAAUAGAAUUGAAUUUGAUAGAGAUGCCACAGGUAUUCCCAAUUCAUUAUCAACAAAAGCUGCUGAAAUUGAUGUUCAAAAUGAUGAAAUUGAAUGUUUAGAAAAACCAACAAUUUCAGUUGUAGAAGAAACACCUUCCUUAAAGAAAUUUCCACCCUUUACCGAUUCCGAAAAUCCAAAUCAAAAUAUUAAUUUAAAAGAGAAUAACACUUUAAAUGAAUGUCAACCAAAUGAUGAUGGUAUAGAUGAUUCCAAUUCAGAAAAUUCAGACUGUGAUCAAUCAUCUAAUAAAUUAGAAGAAGAAAAAGAAGAUAUUUUAAAAUUAUCACCAAUAAAUAAUAAAACACCGUCCUCACCGUUAUCAUCUCCACAAUUAUCACCGACAAGAACACCAUCUCAAUCAACAAAUCAAUCUGGUAUAUUAUCAGUGCAAAAUGAAACAAAUAAUCCAAUUAAAUUAUUACAAGUAAAAGAUUUUGCAUUUACAAAUUUCGAAAGAGAUGAUGAUGAUCUCAAUAAUGAUACAGAAAUAAAAAAAUUAAAAUUUAAUUCAUCUGAUAUUAAUAAUAUAAUGCAUAAUAAUGAUAUUCCAUCAGAAUUUAGAUUAACUCUUCCACAUGAUAUUACUACAGAUUUAUCACAUUCAACAUUUCCACCACCAUUAUCACAAAUGCAUUCAUUAUCAAUGAUGCGUAGUGAUUCAUUUCAAAAUCAAUUACAACAGCAACAACAAUCUAUUGGACCACCAAUUAUAGGAUCACCAUUAGAUCAAAAUGUUAAUACAAAACAUUAUUGUACUGUAUGCCGUAGAAAUUUUAGUUCAAGUUCAGCAUUACAAAUACAUAUGAGAACUCAUACCGGAGAUAAACCAUUUCGUUGUAGUGUAUGCCAAAAAGCAUUUACAACAAAAGGAAAUUUAAAAGUUCAUAUGGGUACACAUAUGUGGACAAAUGGUUCAUCUAGAAGAGGAAGACGUAUGUCAUUAGAACUUCCAUCAAUUCAAAGACCACCAUCAAUGCCAUUAGGUGCACAUGAUCCUGAAUUUUUACAGAGACGUGCCGAAAUAUUUUAUCCAUAUUUACCACCAUUUUUAAAUGGUGCCUUACAACAAAAGUCAAAUCAACCAUCACCAACAUUUCCAAAUUUACCAAAUUUACCAUCACCAUUUCAUCCAAGUUUAGCUGGUAAAUUUCUUGGUUUUAAUCCAUUUGGUCCACGUAUACCAAAUAUAGGGCAACAUUUACAAUUACCGACAUCAGCAUUAUCACCACCAAUGUCCGAUAAAAAUUUAUCACAAAAUAAUAAUAAUUUAAGUCCUUCUAGUGAAAAUUCUGAUAAAAUAAUGAAUACAACAAUUGAUUUUGCUAAAAAUGUAUGGAAUUUAUCGCGUCAUGAAAGAAGUCAAUCAUGUGAAACAGACAAAUCAUUUGAAUCAAUUGGUGAUGAAUCAAUUAGUAUUGGUGUUAAUAAUUUACAAUCAAGUCUCAAUAAAUGUUCCGAUGAAAUUAAAACUUAGUCGUAGGCAAAAAAUUUAUGAAAAAAAAAUAAGGAUCAGAAAUUUUAUUAAUUUAAAAUAUUUAUAUAUUCUAUUUAUGUAUGUACGCAUGUAUAAAUUAU